UCCUCCUGUUCCAGACUCUUCCUGCCCCUCCAUUCUCCCUUUCUUCUGCCCCAGCCUGGCUCACUCCCUCUUCCUCCUCCUCGCUCCCUGACUCAGCCUGUCUCAUUCCCCCUCCUCUGUAUCACAGCCUCCCCCUCCCUCCUUUUCCUCGUGUCCCCUCUGUGCCCCCAGGCCUCCCUCCUUCUUUUCCCCUCCCUGUCCCAUACUCCCAUUACUUCUCCUGCCUCUCUCAUUUUCCGCCAGUCCCCUCUCUCCUCGUCUCCAUUCUCUCUUCUCCAACCCCACCCCCAUAUUCUUCCUCCUUCUAAUCUCCGCUUCCUCUCUCCCUAUGCCCCCUCUGUCAUUCCUUCUUCCCCUUGCAACCCAUCCAGCUGUUCAAUUAAUCCAGUCUAUCUUUGUGUCUGAUGGUGAGUGUUAUCUGCUGCUGCCUGGCAUGAGGUCGGGCUCUGAGAUUCCCACCUGCAUAUUCCCCUCGUAAUGGCUCUGCUGGGGAGCAGCAGAUACUUCCAAAAAAUGCCUGAAAGACGCUUCAAGCUGUAGAAACUGUUACAGAAAAACACAACAUAUAGCUCUGGGACUUUUGGAGUUAAGCUGUCAAAAUGGAGGAAAAUAAAGAAAGUAAUAGUAAAAAUGUCGAUGUAAGACCCAAAACCACCCGUAGUAGGAGUGCAGACAGAAAGGAUGGUUACGUAUGGAGUGGAAAGAAGCUCUCAUGGUCAAAAAAGAAUGAGAAUUGUUCUGAUGGUGAAGCAGCAAGUAGUGCAGGAAAACCAGUGGCUGGUUUAAGGAACCAAGAGAGGAAGCACAGCUGUUCAUCUAUUGAACUGGACUUAGAUCGUUCAUGUGGCCACAGAUUUUUAGGCCGGUCUCUUAAACAGAAAUUGCAAGAUGCUGUGGGACAGUGUUUUCCUAUAAAGAAUUGUAGCAGUCGGCACGCUUCAGUGCUUCCAUCAAAGAGAAAAAUUCAUAUCAGUGAAUUAAUGCUAGAUAAGUGUCCUUUCCCACCUCGAUCAGAGCUAGCUUUUCGAUGGCAUUUAAUUAAAAGACAUACUGCCCCCAUAAGUCAAAAAUCAGAAGAUUGGAUAAUCACUGAUUUAUCCCAAAGUGAAGAGACAGAUGAUCAGCUGAGAGAUGGAGAGAGCACAGAUCGGGGAGGAAACACUUUCUCACAGCCAUGUGACAUUUCAGAUAGCAACUCCUGUAAAUGUGAUCCUAGGACUGAAUCGGUUAUGAGUAAGGUGUUAAAGAACAAUAAAGACGAGAGUGAUAUGGACUCUGAUGAUGAAGUUAUAACACUUUGCACAAGUUCUAGAAAGAGGAACAAACCCAAAUGGGAAACGGAUGAUGAGCUGCUACAGUUGGAAACUCCUCCCAAAUACCAUACCCAGAUUGAUUAUGUCCACUGUCUUGUCCCAGACCUUCUCCAGAUCAAUAAUAAUCCAUGCUACUGGGGUGUAAUGGACAAAUAUGCAGCUGAGGCACUACUAGAAGGAAAGCCAGAAGGAACUUUUUUACUACGAGACUCUGCCCAAGAAGACUAUUUGUUUUCUGUUAGUUUUAGACGCUAUAGUCGUUCUCUUCAUGCAAGAAUUGAACAGUGGAAUCAUAACUUCAGCUUUGAUGCUCAUGAUCCUUGUGUCUUCCAUUCUCCUGACAUUACUGGUCUCUUAGAGCAUUAUAAAGACCCAAGCUCUUGUAUGUUCUUUGAACCACUUUUAUCCACUCCCUUAAACAGGACUUUUCCUUUUUCCCUUCAGCAUAUAUGCAGAACAGUUAUUUGCAACUCUACAACAUAUGAUGGCAUUGAUGCUCUUCCUAUUCCUCCAUCUGUCAAGUUAUAUCUGAAGGAAUAUCACUAUAAAUCAAAAGUUAGAGUACUCAGGAUCGAUGUACCAGAGCAACAAAGCUAGAAUGUAUUUGGGGGGCGGGGGAAUAGGGGUUGUCUCUUGAUCUGAUAACGUUUGUGUUGUCCUUCCUCCCUUGCAUUUUUUUUCUAUGGCAAUUUGAAUCUUUUCUGUAGAUUAUUUACAGUCCAAAUUGAUCUCUGCCUGGGUCUUUCUGUCCAAAUGUACUUUGACUCUUCCUUCCACCCCUUUUUAGUCAACUCACUAGAGUCUGUGGUUUUUUGGUAAUGUUCAUACCCUAGGGUUUUAUGGAACUUCAGGUAGGUUUUCUAGGGUUUCCACAUAAGGAUAGUCUUUAGAUUUAAAAAUAAAAAUUCAUAUUUGAAUUUGAUCUGUCUUUUUAUAUUGUAAUUUGCAUAUGUUGCAGGCAUGUUUGAAAUGUAUGCACUGUAAACUAAAGAUUGACUAAUCUGUAUUUUCUAUCUUUUAAAAUGAGUGCUAAUGACCUAUAUAUAAAGUAAAAUUAAUCAGUCUAUUUCUAACACUAUUACUGUGUGUAAAAUAUUAUUUUGAUGGGCAGUUAUUGCUAUGAAUUUUUUUCUACUUUUUUUCUUUAAACACUUGUGACACAGCACUAUUUUAUCUUGCACUGUUAAUCCUGAAAAGAAGAUGGAUAACCUUCUUACUUCAUUCGUAGCGGGAGGGCUUUUUUUUAAAUAUGGUUUAGAAGAAAUAGCUACAGAUUGAUCAAAUGCUACAUCUCCCCAGACAAGAUUUCCAUUAUCCAUGCAUAAUUUCCUUGCUGCCAAAUUCUGUGUUCAAGGAAAUUAUGCAUGGAUAAUCCUCCAGAAAGCGGCACCAUUUUACAUUAUAUUUGUGUGGUCAUUUACAAACAUCAAACUCUUGCCUUCUUUUCAGUAAAGUUAUUCUGCUCAUACUUGAAUCAAUGGCACAAUCUCAGUGAACCUCAGUGUGUGCAGGUUUAGGCAUAGAAUUAGUCACUGUAAAUGGCAGAGGGGCCCAAUUCUGUAAGGUGCUGAGCACUCCACAAUCUCAUUGUCUUCAUUGAAGGGACUCACCACUGCUUAUGGCACUGGGCCCAGAUUAGCCAAUCUGUCAAAUGUGAUAAGUAAUAAUAUAGGUAACUAAAGUGAGCAUAUUGUUUUUCCCUUUAACCAUGUGGACAGUUUUGACAUGUUGAAUAAUCCCUUACGAAUUUAGGCCUUGAUCCUUUCCUUUGUGAUUAACUUGACUCAUGAGUAGUCUCUUUGACUUGAAUCAGAUCACUCACAUGCAGAAAUGUUUGCAGAACUGGAAGCUAAAAUAGCAUUUACAUUGUUUCUUUGGCCAUUUUAAUUUCAGCUGUCAGAAAAUUAUGUGAAUUUGUGGGCAGCAAAUCUCCCCUCCCACCAAAGUUGGAGACUGAGUAAUGCCGGGGUGGUUAUGCAAACUUUCCCCCACAGCUCCACUGAAGCACAGCAUUCCUUGCCUAAAAAUUCUUCUGUAACAUCAUCUUAAGGUUCAACCCAGACCAGUUAGGGGUUGUGUCAUUGCCUCCCUUGGAACUCUGGAUACCUUAAACGCUAGGCUGCUGUGGGUCACAGCCUGAAUGCCAACAGUCAGUCUACAAGCAUGCAGGUUACACCCGGGCUUCCACAGCCCAGUUACUGUUUGCAGAGUGAUGCCAGUGCCCCCCAAAUGCCAAAUUUCUUUAGCUGUCUCCCUGCGGCCUGCUCCUGGAACAGUCACAGAAGUUACCUUUGUUGCUCCUUUAAAGAGAAUAUGCUGCAGCUUGUUAAUUUGACUGAGGUUUGACAAACACUCUUACUUUAGUCACAGAACUGAAUUAAGUUUUAGUGUUAGAAGGGUAUUUUUACCUAUGACUUUUUGUUUAAUAAACUUGUUUUACUUUUACAGUUUAUUAAACAAAAAGUCAUAGGGUCAAAUUAUACACUAUUCUAUUUAUAUACAAAAUACAGAUAGAAAGGGUUACAAGCAAACAAAAGUAAAAAUACCCUUCUAAGACUAAAACUUAAUUUCAGCACGAUACAAUCAUUGCUGAAGUAGGUUUCUCACCUAUAUUCAGUUCCUCAAGUCUUUAACUCCUAUUGAACAUUUGACAUUGAAGGACCCAAUGUUCUUUGAUUUCAAAAGCUCUGGCCCCUUGAAUCACGCAAGUAAUGGAUCACUGUCUUUUUGCCCCCUUAUAUCACUCCAAAGUUCAUUGUCUCUGUUUCAAGAGUCAGGAAAGUUUCCUGUGGACUUCCUAUCCCCACGCUGAUUUGUAUGUUAGUAGGGCUUCUGUUUUUUUGAUUCUAGAUUGCUUAAUUAACAUUGGAGACUGGUAUAGAGCUCCUUCCCUCCUGGCUGAGAGAGAACUUUUUUGUCCCUGGGUUUGGUCACAUACUUUAAAGCAUAAUAUCAGUGAAUAUCCAAAAUUCCUCAUAUAGUGUUAAUGAAUACAUUUCACAAUUAUAUUAAUCACCAGCAUGUCAUAGGCUUUCAUAAGACUUUAUUCAAUAUACUUUUAUAAUACAGCAAUAUUGUUUACAAUCAAUUGAUUCAAUGGCUUAUGAUUUGAGGUUCAGACCCCCUGUCUUUAUUGACCAAUAAACUUUUGAAAUGUAUUCUCAGAUAAAGUAACUUUUCUCCUAUGGGGAAGAGAUGCCAUGCAGUCUGAGGAAGACUUCAUACUGGUUCCUCCCCCUGUUAGCUUGAUGGCUUUGUUUCCUUUUUACGUAAAGUACCUUCAGUAUUUCUGCCUGAGGACCAGGCUUGUCAGACAAGCAAGUUCGCAUUCCUUCAUCUAAGGCAGUCUAGGCUUACGCAUUUCUUGCCAAACACAUUUUAAGAACAUAAUUCUAGCACCUACUUAUAACUCUUUGUACACAUCCCAUACAUACACCACUCAGGAAUUUUAAUGAUCAGUGAGUUAUUAGUUUUCCAAUGAUAGAUUACUUGCCACCUUUUGGGUAUACAUCAUGAUGUUAGGUGUAGCGAGUAGGGCAGGCCUGACGAGUUGCUGACAGAAUAGCGAACCACUAAUAGGCCUCGGUGUCACAUCUCCUUUUCAGGCCUCAGCCGUCUCAGCGUAGAAAACACACUGAACUAGUCUGGUGUCCUUGUGAUGUGGACAUUUUUCAACUAGAGACUAAAAGGAGACCAUUGUGUUUGUUUUCACUUGUGGUUUAAAUUGGUUUUGAACCAAAGUCUCCAGGAAUAAAAUAUUAGUGCAUCAAUCCAUGUUAUUGCAUGAACAUAUGUUGAUGAAUAUGCUAUGGGGCAGAUUCUCAGCUGGUGUAAACUAUCAUAGCACAAUUGAUGAGUAUCAAAAGUUUACAUCAGUUGAGCCUCUGCCCCUGUAUGUGCAAAUGGCUAUUAGGGAACUGAUAUUUAUGAAACUAUCCAUAGCCAUCAAUGCAUACUUCCUUGUACUGCUUCAAUUCAAUUAACUUCAUUGAAUAGACCAGACAUUCUCUUUAAGAGGAUUCAUGAUUUUUUUUAAGCUAGUUCAUAUUAGGAAAUCUAUUUCUUCAUUAUCUAUUUCAUCCAUAAGACUGGAUGAAAAACGGGAAUCAUCUUUUGUUCCAUGUGUGCGUAGCAUCAAGCACAAUGGGAUAUUGGUCCAUGAUUGACUAAUAAAUAGUCCAAACCUAAAUUUAUCCAAAAUUUGCAGAGGCACUUUGCUUAAUCAAAGUGGUCUCGUUCAGAAACUCCAAUAUAAGCCAAGCACUUCAUAACUAAAGGAUUUCUUACUUAAGUGGAAUUGUUCAUCAUGUUUUCCACAACACUGUACAAAAACUAGAUUUCAACCCAUAAAAAUGAUCUAAUAUAUUUAAGUUCUUACACUGAACCCGUUAAGAAGAAAGAUGAGUGCUUUAAUGAAGGCUUACAAAGCGAAGACUAUCUUCAUUUUCAAGAACAAAAAUUGUCCCUUCACAACGAAAGGCCAUCAGACAAAUGUGUCUUGGAUGCAAUUUUACAGCCUGCUGCAUUUUUUCAGCUUUGUCUAUGUAUUUUUAUGCAGCCUUUAUAAUGGUGGCAUCUGUUAUAACACUGAAAUGAAACAGUAGCUUGGUUUAUUCCAGAUUUUUCUACAAUUUUAGGAGACUAAAUAGUUAAAUAGAAUAGCUAUUGUGUGUAUAAAAACAGAGCCUUUCAUGUGUGGGUUAAUUAAUCAUAACUGUUUAAAGUAACUAGAUAGGAACAAAAUUGCUGAGCGUGUUUUUUUGAAAAUUUGUGCAGGUUUUUGUUUUGUUUUGCCAAUUUAAUGUGAUUUUUUGCACCCCUGGGAUCUGACUGUGGGCGUGUAAUUUCACAAGACAAAACUUUUUUUACUGUGAAGCAUGUGAAAACUCAAAAAGCCCCUUUUGUUCAAAAAUUCAAACUGUCAAGUUUUUGAGAAAGAACCCUUUAAGAGGCUAUCUGGUUUAGAACAUCCUUGAGUUCUUUUUCCACCUCUGCCACUAACAAACUUGCUAAUAUGUUGUCUUAAAUACAAGGCCUAACACCACCUCUGUGACCAUACAAUUCAUCCAACUUGCGGAAGGCACUUUCAGUCCAAAUGCAGAAACGCCCAACAUGGCCACCUGGAGUAAGUCUCAAAAGAUUCAGCUUGUCUACAUUGAGAAGAGUAAUUCCUGGGAUAUUUCUAAAAGCCCUGAUGAUGCCA